AUGGUCAACCUCAAGCGUAUUCCGCGCAAGCGCCCUCCUCCCCCUUCAGACCGCUCCCCACCCCCAUCACCCACCUCCCUCCCCCCAAGCGUGCUAGCCCAAGCCUCUCCAGGAGGACGCAUUGCCGGCCGCUCCCGCGCUCACACAAGGUGGCUCAUCGCAAGAGCUAACAAAGCCCAUGCGGAGGCGGAAAGGGAGGUCAUGAGAGCUGAGCUGGAAAUGUUGAAAGCGGAGGAAGAGCGGUUGAUUUUCGAAAAAGAGGGAUUGGUGGAUGAGCUCCUUAGACGGGAAUUGGGGGAGGAAGGAGAGAGAUUGAUUGGAGAUCCGGUGCUUCCCAGAGGGCGAGACGCGCCUUGGCUUGAUAAACACGGUGACUGA